CGUCAUUAAACCAAAGAAGAAGAAGAAGAUAUUUGCGCAUGUCCGAAACGGAUCUUGUAGUGACAUUGCUAGUUGCUUUGGAAGUACAUUGAACAAAAGAGACGCGAGCAGGGCGGUUAAUAAGAUAGCGUUGUUGUUUUUCUCUAUUAUGUACACAUUUAUGUCGUACGCAUUACAUUUACUCUAACAUUUCAUGUCAGGAUAAACAAAAAAGUGUCAGUGCGCGAAAAGCUGUUUAUCAUGCUAGCUUAGCGCUUUAGCUGCUAACCAAAGAGACGCGGAAACAGAAAUCACGUUUGAGUAUAAAGUGUUGCGAUCACGUGGAAAUGUGUAAAUUACAAAUGCUGAGAUUGUUGGUGAACCAGCGACUAUCUGUGGCUGUGGAAGAAAUAUUUGCAGUGUUAGAAAGAACGAUAGCAGACUACGAGGAGGAACUUUGUCGAACAAAACAGGAGAACGAGCGACAAGGUCAACUACUGGACACUGUUUUCAAGUCACACAGAUCAGACGCCAGCGAAGAACAUCUUUCCAUUGAGCAGCAGGAGUGGACCUCCAUGGAGGAGCAGGAGGAGCCAAAUCACCCUCACCUUAAGGAGGAAGAGGAGGAUCACAACAUCAGUGAUGGGCUGGAGGAGUUCCAAGUCGUUGGUAUCCCCGUGAAAAAUGAAGAUGAUAAAGAAAAAUGUCAAUUUACCGAUAAAAAAGACUGUGAAGCAUCACAAGCAGACAAGCCUUUAGCUCCACUAUCAGAUAGUGACGUUCCUUCACACUCUCCAGGCACUGAUGAAGACACGAACGCUGAUAUGACAUGUCCCUCUAAUAACACACACUGGAAAUGCUCUCAAUGUGGGAAAACGUUUGGUAACAAAGGAAACCUAAAAACACACGUCAGAUAUCACACAGGAGAGAAACCUUUUGCCUGCUCGGUUUGCGGUAAAAGAUUCUUUCAGAAGUCACAUUUGAAAGCACACAUUAGAACACACACUGGAGAGAAACCGUAUACAUGCUCUGUGUGUUGUAAAAGUUUCUCUAAAAAAGAUGGUUUAACGAGACACGUAAGAAUACACACUGGAGAGAAACCAUUUCCUUGCUCAGUUUGUGGUAAAAGUUUCUCCCAGAAGAUAACUUUGAUUGGACAUGCAAGAACACACACCUGAGAAAAAAUUGUGGUCAGCGGUUUAAAAAUAGUAUAAACUUAACAGAACACAGACUCAACACUGGGGAGAAACUAAUAAUUGUUUUCAAGAGACAUAUUUAGCUGGAUUUGAAAGAGGUAAAUACAGGCAACAAAGACCAUAUUACUCCUUAACAAACAGAAGUUGUGCAAAAGAUGACUUCUUACAUUGCUAACUGACACUAUGAUAAAAUGUUUGCAUUGUAUCCAAUGAACACAUUUCUUCUUUAAGAUGAGAUAAUCGCACAUUAUUGCUCAGUAAGAAAAUUACACAAUUAUACACCAUUUGUUUCUUGCAUUGAGCAAAUUUAGCACAGUACCAAGUGAAAUUCUUUGUGUGUUUAACAUACUUGGCCAAUAAAACUGAUUCGGAUAUUUGAUGAAUCUCCAUGUGCAGCAUAAAAGCUUGUCCUGGGUAACUUGGACUCAAUCCCAGCUGACUUUGGGUGAGAGGCGGUGUCAAAGGCAGAGUUAGGCGGUUGGCACUUGGACUCUAGCCCCAUAUGUUUUCGGAAGUUUUCUUUAUUGGGAACCUCUCGGCAUUAACGUGGAGUACCGAAGUCCAACACAAAGGCUUCAGCAGAACCUGUACAAAUCAACAUAAAUCAAACAGGUGAUGAUUCAGGCCGAUGAAUUGUAUGGUGUGUAUUACAUAUUAUAUACUGUAAUAUAAUAAGAUGAACCUAAAUACAACUUAAUAAUUGGGAAAAAAUUAUUUGUUUUUUUCAAGAGGUUACAACAUGUGUAAGUGGAAAUGUUGAGUAUAUUCACAGGAAUAAUCUAACAAUUUCAAGAAUUGUAUUUAUUUAAGGUGUUUCAUUUGGUAUAGUUGUGUGUUUUACUUACCUGUUUAUUUGUACAGUGUGUUAAGUAAAUUUUUGGUUCACUACAUUGUCACUGUCCAACAACUGUUCGAGACUGCUGCUUGCUUCAAAAUAAAAUACAUUUUC